CUUAAAGAAGCGGCUGAGCGCGUGGAUGACGGAUUGUAACUUUCUGCGUGGGACUUUAACUUUAGAACUUGCGAUUAUGACACAAUAAUUUGUGAAGUGAGGUUCUUUUUUUCCCCCUCAAGUUAUCUUAUCUAGGCCUUUAAAAAAACAAUUACAGUUAGAACUUUUAUUGUAGCAUCUAUAGGAUUGGACACAUGGACUGUUUCAUCCUCAUCCUGGGACAAUGACUAACUGCUCUUGGAGUUGUCUUUUUGAAGGGAAUUAGGUUGUUUCAGAAAGAUAACAUUGUACAGUUCUCAAGAGCAAUGGAAUUCUGUUUGCAUAUUCAACUUCUUACUGCCUUUGUCUUAUGCUUUAAGGUCUGUGCUCAGGUGGCGCCAAAUGAGAAUCAUGCAGGCCUGCAGGUGUUGGCCACGGCUGCACAUUAUUGGCCUCUUGAUGCGGUGGAUGGAAUUCACGAGCUGCUGGACCAGAUUGGAAGCAGUCCGCGUUAUGUCAGCGACAGCGGAAUAACUGUCAGAAUCCACAACCACACUGUGCUCCCUUCUUCCCAUAACUCUUCCUAUGUGUAUACCAAUGACUCUGCCUACACUAACAUUUCCGCAAUAGUAGACAUUGUUGAAGGAGUACACAAUAAGGGUAUCUUUCUGGACUGUGAUAACGGAGGCCUCUUUCUUUACUUUGGAAACUACCAGAACUCCUGCGUCAGUGAUCUUAAUCUCUGUGCUCUGGAUGGAGUGACCUUCUCCUUUUUUUGGCAAAACCAAAAGCCAGACUCCAACUUUGCUGUGGCAUCAGGAGCGAAAGUUAUCUCCAAUAGCUUCACAGUCUUUGCAGACUCUCACAAGGGACGUGUGGAGCUUCAUACGCGAGACGACAAACACAGAUGGAAAGCGGAAAUUCCCACUUCAGGUCCAUAUUGGACGCAUGUUCUGUUCACCUGGACCAAGAGGGACGGUCUAAAGGUUUUCAUCAAUGGGACUUUGUGUGACGGUGAUCCCACCGGCUCUGCCUCAGAGAGUUCUGCGGACUUCGGUUCUGAUGUUUUCCUCAAAACCGAGAACAACAAGGCGCAUCGUCGUUACGUAACGCGGGCUUUCGAUGAAUUUGCCAUGUGGGAAAGGGCCCUUUCUCCCCGUCAGAUCAAACUCUAUUACAGAGCAGCUGUAGGCGAGGAUGGGGUUUCUGCGACGACGCACGGAAAUGCUUUGGAUGUCUCUACUACUGCAGCAACAGGUAGAGCUUUUGAAGGGAGUCCUCCCGUGAUCAGCGGACACCAGGAGAAGGUCCAGAGCUCCCAGGGGCCGAGCACCAAGCCCGUGCUGGACUUCCUCAGCGCGCUGCCCAACCGGACAAUUCCUCACAACGAUGCCAACAACCUCACACAGGCUUUUCUCAAAAGUGUGGAGGAAGUUCUGACUUCUCCAGGAUUGCCAGAGCAGGCCGACCCGGUGGUCAGCAGCUUGAUUGAGACAGUGGACAUUGUGAUGGGACAAGUGGUAACCAAGCUGGAGUUCAGCUCUGGCUCUCCCUUUUCCCUGGGCGGAACGUCUUUGGUUGCAGAUUACUCCCUGAUGAAGCUGCCAGAGAACUUCAAUCUGCCACAUUACCGCUUUCCCACACAGGGGAGGAAUUACAUCUCCGUGCCUGGGGAGGCAUUUGCAAUGCACACUCAAACCACCAUUGUUGGCCUCUUCUACCACAACAUGCACAAGUACUACAAAGAAAUCAGCCCAGUCAGGACAAGGAUUACCGAAGCAGCUGACUACAAGGAUCACAAGAUCCAGAUAGCAAGCUGCCUGAUUUCUCUGAAAGUGGAGCCUUUACCGCCAUUGUUGGUCAACCAUUCUGGAGCACCGCUCAUCAAAAUUGUCCUCACCCACGUUCUGACUAAAGAACAGCAAGAACAAAUGCUAAACCAGAGCAAUAAAGUCUUCCUCUACUGUGCCUUUUUGGACUACAGUACUAAUGAGGGAGUGUGGUCCAAUGAAGGCUGUGUUCGCUCGGAUGGAAACUCGUCGUACUCUGUGUGCAUGUGCAACCAUCUUACCAAUUUCGCCGUCCUCAUGCAAGUUGUGCACUUGGAGCUCACCCCUGGCCACAAGAUGGCACUCUCAACCAUUGGGUAUGUUGGGUGUUCAAUAUCCAUCUUCUGCCUGGCCAUCACUCUGGUUACAUUUGCAGUUCUUUCGUCUGUCAGUACCAUCCGUAAUGAGCGCUACCACAUCCACGCCAACCUGUCCUUCGCCAUCCUGGUGGCAGAGAUCUUGCUGCUCAUCAGCGCUUGCUUUGAACCGGGCACGCUGCCCUGUAAGGUCAUGGCCGUCCUGCUUCACUUCUUCUUUCUGAGUGCGUUUGCCUGGAUGCUGGUGGAGGGUCUGCAUCUCUACAGCAUGGUGGUGAAGGUGUUUGGCUCAGAAGGCAGCAAACACUUUUACUACUAUGGCGUUGGAUGGGGUUCUCCACUACUGAUCUGUGUUGUGUCUGCGACAUCGGCCCUCAAAAGCUACGGAGAGACUGUCAACUGCUGGCUGUCGCUGGAGAUGGGAGCCAUUUGGGCAUUUGUGGCACCUGCUCUUUUCGUCAUUGUGGUUAACAUAGGCAUCCUGAUAUCUGUGACAAGAAUCAUAUCAAGAAUCAGUGGGGAGAAUUAUAAGGUUCACGGAGACGCUAACGCGGUCAAGCUGACAGCCAAAGCAGUGGCAGUACUCCUGCCCAUACUCGGCAUUUCCUGGAUCUUUGGAGUUCUUGCCUUCAACACACACACGACUCCGUUUUUAUAUGUUUUUGCUGUAUUUAACUCAUUACAAGGGUUCUUUGUUUUCUUGUUCCACUGUCUUCUCAACUCUGAGGUAAGAACUGCAUUCAAGCACAAAACCAAGGUCUGGUCUCUCACCAGCAGCUCUAUAAGAAACGCCAAUGUGAAACCAUUCAACUCUGACAUUAUGAAUGGAAACAAGGAGGGUGUAACUCCCACUAAGAUGAACACAUGGGACAAAAGCACCAACUCGGCCAACCGUUUUGACCUCUCCGCUGUGUGACAGGAGAGCAAUGUGUGGCUCACUUGGGUGGAAAGGCAAACACUGGCCAGAGAGCUCUUCCACUCUGUCAUUACAUGCAGUCAAUUUGAAGUUGUAUAAUAUGUUCACGCUUGAGGACAAACAGACUUGUUGGACUGCACUUGAUAUUCUCCCACACAGAAUGUUAUGUGUUGCUCUCAAAGUAAAAGAAAAAAAUAUCUUAUUUUUCAGGAGGGGAUUAAUGAGAGGAACCAAAAUGCUCUAAUAAACAGCAUGGCACAUGCAGGAAACACACCAGUAGCUAGUGCAGAGUUCGGGAGACGAACUGAACCUGCAAAUUUCUGAAGCAAAGACCAAAAUGAGCUAUUAGGCUGAUGUUUGUGACGUUGUUGUCUUAGUUUCUGCAAAAUUAUUAGAUUGUAGAAAAACAUAUUUUCCAUCUGCUGCAAAAUUCUCUAACCAGUGUUUCAUCUUGCAACGAAUGUUUAAAUUCACAUUGAUGACAUAAACUCUACACUCCUUUCUUACGUACAGAUGUUUGUUUGUUUUUUUAUGUGAAGUUACAACUAAGUGAUUGUUAAAGCCUAAAUGGACUGUGAAGCCGUUUCCCAGACUCUGGAUAAAUGGGACAAUCAAGCCCCCCUUCAUUCACCCUUAUUAUCUUUGCUGAGCAGCGUAGAAACGAGACAGUCAGUUCAGGUAAAACAAGUUUCUGGCUACAUUUGAAGGAUCACAUUUCAUAACAGUUUUUUAAAGUAGAGAAGACAAAAAAAUCUGAAUUAAAAUUUAUUUGUCAGUGUACUGAAAUGAAAUUUGCUUCAGUUUAGCCCAUCCAAAGAACAAAAGAAAAGACAAAUGAACAAUGUAAGGCAUCUGUAGAUAGUCCCUGUACCUAAGGCUGCAUGACAUACAGAUCUUUACAACCCUUUAUGUCUUUAGAUGUGGAGCAAAUGCAUCAACUUUGUCUGCUUUAAAAGUGUUAGAACUGACCUCAGCAACUGUAAAACAAAUGAGAAACAAACGAAAAGAUAAAUCUUUUAGAUGACCCAGAAUCAGAAAUGAGAUUCUGGAAUGCUGUUGAAAUCUCACCAAAGAAGACUGAAUGGCGAUAUUGAAUCAAAACAAUCAGAGCUCGGGCAGACUUUGGCAACCAGACUGGUGCCAUUUUUCUUAGUCAUAUAAAUCAAAUUAGCAGUGUAAGAAAACUUAUAAAAGCUUUUUUCAUUUCACAAAAAAAUGACCAUUUUGAUGGGAAGGAACUCUACCGAGUGUAUUAUUGGAAUAACAAGAAAACAAGACAUUUACUUUGAGCAAGAUGAACCUAAAAGAACCAUAUUUAUGGCUAUGAUGAGCUACAUAAUCAGGUGACAAGUUAUCUACAUCAAGUCUUUCUUUCUCUUAAUUGGUUGAAUAUAACAAAAGUAGAUUUCUUUCUAUGGUAAGACAUAGGAUUAGUAUUGAUCUUUUCAUCAAGAUGAUUUUGGUUUGAUGUUAUGAUGACACAUGCUGUGAUUUGCAGGCAGGAAUUAAGCACACUUUAUUGUGUUCAGAAACAACAUUUCAGAAUGUUCUCAGAACUGUUUGCAUAAUCGUGGACGAAAGGACCAAGAACACAUAGUGUUAGUUUCAAACAUAGUGUUAUUUUAUACUUUUAAGACGCAACAGUAGCUGUUAAUCUACUUCACAUCAAAAAGAAAAAAGUGCUGACUUUAUCUAUGUAAUUAUGUAGAUAAAGUAUUAAUAUAGUUUCGGAACGGCACAAAAUAGCAUUUCAGAAGAUUCUAUGACAGAGAACCUAAAAGUCCAUAUUUAUUUAUGUAUUGUGUAACAUUGGAACUUUUUAUAACUGCAAAAUUACUUUUGUUCACAGUGUUUUUUUUCUUUUCUUGAAAGAUACUUGCUGGAAUAUUAUUAUUAUUAUUAUUGUUAUUAUUAUUAUUGCAAAUGCUUUUUAAAGAACUGAAUGAUUUUAAUGUGUCCUACAAAAUUCUGUGAAGUAUUUGUUUUUUUGUGUAUUUCUGCUACAUUUUGCUAGAUUUUCAUGGUACAAAAAGUAUGAAACGUAUUUCAAUCUCAACCAAAACGUUGAGAUUGAUUAGGGUUGGUGUUUUUGUUCCUGGAUACGUACUUUGUUAAAAAUGUCCUUUAUUGUACACAGUGCCAAAAUUUCAUUUCUUAUUUACUGUAAGUGGAUCAGCGCUCACUUUUUUGAUAUCAGAAUAAAAUUUAU